AUCUUUUCGCUAUCAGAACUUUUCGCAGCUUAGUGCAAUCAAAGAUUUAGCUAUCUCCAGAUAUACCUCCGAUCUUCAUCAGUCUAGAAGUUGCCUUCAGAAUGGACGCGCGUAAAUUUUCCACACACAUAUUGGACACCUCAGUGGGAAAAGCGGCUGCCAAUGUCAGAGUAACAGUUUCCUCGCUGGACGAGAUCCAGGAGUGGAGAGCACUCCGGGCGGCCCAGACUGAUGCCGAUGGUCGCUGCCUGCUCCUGGAGCCUGGUCAAUUUCCCAGUGGAAUCUACAAGCUUACCUUUCAUGUGGGUGCCUAUUUUGCAGAGCGCAAUGUGAAGACUCUGUAUCCAGCAAUUGACAUCAUUGUGGACUGCAGAGAAAAUCAACACUAUCAUAUUCCCCUAUUACUCAAUCCCUUUGGCUAUUCUACAUACCGUGGUACAUAGAGUUUAAUACAAAAAUUAUAAUGCAAAUAUAAAUAAAACAAUCGUUUAAAUAACUA